AUGUUCCGUAGGAAAGGACAGAAUUUUCAAUGUACAGAAUGCAAUGAAAAAUUCAGCAAGAAAAUGGGAAUUAACCACCAUCUGAAAUCUCAUGCAGUCGACUCACCGUGCAAUGAAUGUACUAUGACAUUUACUUGUUGUCGUAAUCUGUUGACUCAUAAACGAUCAUUACACAUGACGGACGUAUCUGGUAAAAAAUAUGUGUGUGACCUUUGUGGGAAAUUAUUUGCGUGUAGUGGAACAUUGAAACGUCAUGUGGUUACACACAGUGGAAUCAAACCUUAUAAAUGUGAUGUUUGUAAUAAGUCUUAUACUACAGAUAUGGGUAGAAAGCAGCAUAUGGCUUCUCAUUUAAACUUACGUAGAUUUCAAUGUCAUAUCUGCAGUAAACAGUUCAAUACUAAUAUGCAUCUGAAAAGACACAUGAAAACACAUCGUGCUCAGCGAGAUUUUCACUGUAAUAUCUGUAAUAAAGCCUUUACUCAAGGUGGAAAUUUAAAAGUUCAUCAAAGGAUUCAUACUGGAGUCAAACCUUAUAAAUGUCAAUAUUGUGGGAAAGAUUUUAUGUAUAUAUCUCUAGUUGAACAUUUGAGAAUUCAUACUGGAGAAAAACCUCAUUUUUGCCUCAAGUGUUCAGAAUCAUUCACGCGCCGUUCUGAUUUUCUCAAACAUUUAAAAGACGAACAUGAAGAAGGGAAGCAGGAAUUUUGUGGCGGUUGUGGGGAAAGUUUUCCAAAUAAAUCUCUAUUUUGGAAACAUUCUCGGGAUACAACUAUCCCCAAAAAAUGUCCACAUUGUCACUUAGAAUUUAAUAAUUGUCGAUUAUUACGGAAUCAUAUUCAAAGACAUCUAACAAAAGAGGAACGAAAAGUUUUUGUCUGCCAAUAUUGUGGUAUAGCUUAUACUAAUAGAGACCAGUUAAAAAGUCACAUCAAUACCCAUACUGGACAAAAACCUUUUAAAUGUUCAGUCUGCCCUGCUGCCUUCACUAGUCGCUCUGCCUUACAAAAACAUACCAAAUCUCACGAAAAUCAACGAGCUUUUCAAUGUGAAGUUUGUAGUAAAAUGUUUAAUUUACAUGCUGAUUUAAACAGACAUAGAAGAAUUCACACAGCUCAGAAAGAUUGGAAAUGUGAUGUUUGUAAUAAAUCAUUUAAUCAGGCUGGUAAUCUGAAAGUUCAUCAACGAAUUCAUUCUGGAGAGAAACCAUAUAAAUGUGAUGUUUGUAGUCAGGAAUUUAUGUAUAAAGGGCUAUAUAAUGAUCAUUUGAAGAAACAUGGAAACCAAACUGAUGCUAUUCUGAGUAUUAUUAAAAGUGAAACGGCAUGAAUCGGAAUAACAUUCUAGUUUGUUUGUAGGGAUAUACUUGUUCCAUUUAUUAUUAGAACUCAAUUCAAACAAUCUAGAGAACUUAUCAGAAUGGAGAGAAAUAUUUUACUUUUAAAUAGACACCCAAACUUCAAAUGUGUUUGUUUUUCAAUUAUGUUAAUAUUUUUCCAUUCUACCCAACCUCCCUUGCCUCAUUUGGAGUUAACUUGCAUUGCGCUACAAUUAUUUGUUAUAUCUAAAUAGUCAUGAUAUAUAAAAAAAGCAUAAAAUUUAUUGACAUAGCAGCAAAAUGUUUUGAUUUCAAGUUGAUUGUUUAUAAUAAUUGUAUUUAUGGUAUAUUUGUUAAUUUGUUAAAUUUUGAUACAUUGUACAUGGUGAAAAUA